AUGCAUCAUCAAAGCUUAUGCUUUACAAGAUCAUCCGAGAAUGUAACAGAUCAGCAAAAUCGAUUGCGCUUUGGUAACAAUGCAGCAACAAACAACAGAAGACCUCCUACUGGCGAAAUAAGAGGGAAUAAUGCUGGAUUGCACAAUCGCACCUCAAAUGACGUUCGUCAACGAGAUCGAACUGCGAAUGUACAUACCGAAAAUCCAAUUCAAAGUGAUUCUUUCGUGAAAGUCGAUUCUAACGACAAAACCACAAAAGACCAAGUAGUGCUCAUGACUGCCGAGGCAAAUAUGUGGAGUAAUAAAACAGGCCAAUAUGAGCGACUUCCUAUCUUUUUUGAUACUGGUGCACAGAGAACUAUAAUAAACGAAAGUACAGCAGAGGAAUUUGGACUCCCAAAACAAAAAACGGAAAUAUGCACUAUGUCUGGCAUUGGUGGUCAUACUGAGAAAUUUAAAACGUUCUUUGUUCCAUUGAAAAUCUCUACAGUUUUUGGAAAAGAGAUUCAUCUAACAGUUCAAACAAAACCCGUGAUAACUAACCGUUUUCGUUCAGCAUAUCUUUUAGAACAAGAUAAGCAGUUUCUUCAAGAUAACGAUAUUUGUUUGUACAAUUCAAGAUUGAGAGGUGAACACCAAAAUCUACAAAUUCCAAUUGGAUCAGAUUACUACUACGAAUUUGUUAUGAGUAGCACUAGAACAAGACUACCGUUGGGACUAUAUGGGACUAUUAGUAGGUCCAAUUCUUCAUGGUCGCAGUACAAGUGCAGUUAA